AUGGAUUCUAUAUGGGUUAUUGUGGAUAUAUUAACUAAGUUUGCUCACUUUUUGCCUGUGAGGACUGUUUAUAAUGCUGAUAGACUUGUUACUGUUUACAUUAAUGAGAUUAUUCAAUUACACGACGUUCCUGUUUCCAUUGUGUUGGAUAGAGAUUCUAAGUUUAUUACUACAAAGAAUAUUCAAAUCAUCCAACAGAGAUUGAAAAUUGCUCAAAGCCGACAAAAGAGGUAUGCGGAUCAAAGAAGAAGAGACUUAGAAUUUGAGGUUGGGGAUUAUGUUUUUAUCAAAGUCACUCUAAUGAAAGGGCAAACAAGGUUUGGGAAAAAGGGAAAAUUGUCACCCCGGUACAUAGGACCAUUCCAAAUUUUAGAAAGAUUGGGUCAUGUUGCCUAUCAGAUUGAUUUACCACCGGGCAUGGAGCAAGUGCAUAAUGUGUUCCACGUGUCAAUGUUGCGAGGCUACCUUCGGGAUCCUUUUCAUGUUAUUAACUAUCAUCAGAUUGUGCUAGAUGAUGAUAUGGUAUAUGAGGAGAAACCUGUUCGGAUCCUUGACAGGCAAGUCAAGCAAUUAAGGAACAAGACUAUCCCGAUGGUUAAAUUCGAAUGGAAGGAACAUUAUGGAAAGAAAGCCACUUGGGAAUGA